GACUUCCGCAGCUGCUCGAUCUGUAAAUUGAAAGUGAUACAUCAUUAACAUCACAACGAAUCCAAUUUUCCCAAUCCUUAAUUUCAUCACUUUGGUUCGUUCCAUCAUUGCUGUUAAAGGCAAUGCGUAUUAACUUAUGACACGAACUUGAGAAACAAAAGUCAGAUUUCGAGUGCAAUGAGUGUUUUUUACAAUAGCAAGAUCUAUUAGCAAUGACAAUCAACUGGAUAUCAAAAAUAUCAUGCAGGGAACGAUAUGAUUUGCAAAAGGCGAUGGAAACCUUCCUCAUACUUCCCUUAAAAAGUCUUCAGAGUCCUGGAAGAAAGCUCUGAGAAGGAGAGCUCAGUUAUCAGAAAUUCUUAAUCAGAGUCAGCAGUCAGUCAGAUCGCCACUAAAAAUCAGAAGCAAUCAGGCUUCCCAAGUAAACAAAUCAAGUAUAACCAUCCAACGAGCAGGUGGUCCUUCGUUAGGCGAAUCAGCUCGCGAGGAGCUGAACAAUUGUUCCACUAUCAUUGGCGAGGUUUGGAGAGGAAUCAAGUUCAUUAGGUUUAUUAGAAAAAUCCACAGGUACUUCGUUAACUUCUCUUCUAACUUAAAUUUCAUUUGAAGAAAAAUAAUGAAAAGUCAAUCAUUCGGUUACGAUUAUUGGAUUAUUAGAAUAUGAAAAGUAAUCAGAUUGGAUUUCUCAAAAUAUUUAGAAUUUUACGGCAGUUCGUUGACUCUUCUUCUCAUAGAGUUUCUACGCGCUAACUCCUAUAUUUUUACACACUUGCAAGACUAAUUAAUUUAAGUGAUGUAUUAUUCUAACUAAUUAAUUUAAGCAACAUAUUAUCUAAUUAAUUAAUUUAAGUAAUGUAUUAUGUUUACAGUUGGAAGCAUAGUUGAAUCGACAACGAUGAAAAACAUUUUAUUUCAAUAAAAAUAAUGGAAGCAUUUGUACCUUGGCCUCGAAAAAGUGUUUAGCCCCUGUCACUCCUACUUCGUCCACGUCGACCUCGGUAAGACGUGCGAGCUGACCCAGCCCAGAAUCCUGUUCCAAUUCGCCAGCACGUGCCUUGCGGUAGAUCAGUAGAAACUGUAACAAGUUAUAAAUAACUGCAUUAGAUAAAAUCAGGCUAAUAUUACAGCGGUAUCGUCAAUUAUUUUCCUAAUGUGUUUCAAUGAAAUCUGACAGAAUGUAACGAACCUAAACGCCUACAUAGUCUACAUUUUUACAUACAUACAAAACUAAUAAUUUCAAGUAAUAUAUUAUCUAAUUAAUUUAAGUAAUAUAUUAUAUUUACAGUGGGAAGCAUCAACUGGAUUUGGAUCAACAACUU